UGAACAGCCGAGUGUGGUGAUAGGAACGGAUCGUGAUAGGAACGGGUGGCCACGACGAGCGUCGACGAUGCGUACUGCCGCGCUGACCGCGGUCGCGGUGUUGGCCUGCUGCCGGCCACCACUACCCGCAGUCCGGGCCGCGUGCCUGCACACGGCCAGGGACCUGCAGGCCCAGGCCCGCGCAUCCGAGGUGGUGGUGAAGGCGCUGGCCAUGCGCGUGUGGCCGGAACCCGAUGGGCUGGUGGGGGGCCACUUUGCCGUCAUGGCCGUCUACAAGGGCGCCCGGGCCGUGAAAAACGUGUUGCACGUCGGCGGCACUGACUUGUUCAACAUGCACGACAAGAGAAUGAACGUGACGGGAUUUUCGAACGAUUUACCAGAUGACGGGCAUAGGGCGUGCGGGGCCACAGUGACGGUGGGCACGUAUUACGUGCUGUUUGCAGACGUCGUGCAAGGCCGAUUUGUAGCCAAAGAUAGACAAGGCGCGUUGGUCGAGUGGACAGACGGCAACGAAAGGGCCGUGUGGCACGGACUUGGAUGGGGCGACUGGAGUGAUUGGUCGGCGUGCAACGUGUCAUGUGACACCGGCCUGCAGUAUCGGCACCGACGUUGUCUGAAGUGCGGGCAAGGACACAACAAGGAAAUGCGAAAGUGCAACGAUUUCCCGUGCGACGGUGUCAUGGAACUGAUUGCGCCGGGUGACCGCGUGCGCACCGUUGGCGGCAAGCUAAACGGUAGCGAAAAUGGGUUCAGUCUUCUCGACACAGUUGGUUUCUCGAACACGUUUUCACUGUUGAUCACGCUGAGAGUACAACCAAAAGUAAGUGAUAUUUUGUGAUUCAAACAUUAUGUCAGGCAUUUAGGUACUAUAUUAUCUUAAGGAACGCGUUCAGUGUACAUUAAAAUAUACACUCUUCACGCCUUUAGGUUUUAUAGUGUCUAGUCUUUGUUCUAUAGUUGUAAACACAUUAGUGUGGUAUACCUAAACUACAUUUUAUUGAACAAAAUAUCAUGGUCAAUUAAUAAAAAAAAAAUAUUUCGUCCAAUAACGGGAGGGAUGGUUCUCUCAUAGUAACAAUACCUCAUUUUAUAACCACGAUCGAAUAUAUUUUAUUUAUAUCGUUUUCAAAAGGUGUGAAUUAUAGUUCCGUCACAUCAGCAACAAUGCUUCAACAUGUCUACUCUAAAUUAUAUAUUAUUUUGUUAAAUAAUAUUGUAUGUCCUUUAUAACAAUUUUUUUUUUAAUUUCCAGCCCCAAAAUUAGUUUUUUUAAUCUCAGUUAGAGUACUCUUAAAGUAAAUACAUGUACCUACUAUAUGAAAGUGAGAAAGUGCAAAUUGGUACUUUACUAUUGUUAUAAUAUACACUGAUCAUAACUAAUUGAUAAUGUUGACUACAAUGUUAAGUUGACAGUAAAGUAGCGAUAUAGCGAUAUA